AUGGCUUUGCAGCAACCUCACUUUGUGUUGGUGCCACUGUUUGCUCAAGGCCACAUGAUCCCCAUGAUCGACAUGGCUAGGGUUUUGGCUGAGCGAGGCGUGGUCGUGACUUUGGUCUCAACGCCUAGCAAUGCCUCACGGUUCGAGCACACGAUUCACAGAGCUUCACAAUCCGGACUCCCGAUUCGUCUUCUCAAUAUCCCAUUUCCCUGCCAGCAAGUGGGUCUUCCCUUAGGCUGCGAGAAUCUUGACACUUUACCUUCUAGAAGCCUUCUAAGAAAAUUCUACAAUGCGCUCCACUUGAUGCAACAACCCUUGGAGGACUAUCUCCGAACCCAAACCACUCCCCCGCCUAGCUGUAUUAUCUCCGACAAAUGUCUCUCUUGGACAUCCUCAACAGCCCAAAAGUUCCACAUUCCCAGGCUUGUCUUCCAUGGCAUGUGCUGUUUCUCGUUGCUGUGUUCGUACAAUAUCAUGCUUCACGAUGCUCAUCUCUCUGUAAGUUCUGAUUUGGAGCCUUUUCUCAUCCCCGGACUGCUUCAGAAGAUCGAGAUCACGAAAGCUCAGCUUCCAGGAGCGUUCGUCGCUCAGCCUGACUUGGAUGAUUUAAGAGACAAAAUGAGAGAGGCAGAGAUGUCGUCUUAUGGUAUUGUUGUUAACAGCGUCGAAGAGUUAGAGCACGGGCAUGCCCGGGAGUACGAAAAGGCCAUGAAUAAGAAAGUUUGGUGCAUAGGCCCGUUGUCCUUGUGCAAUAAGGAGGGUUUGGACAAGUUUGAGAGGGGAAACAAGCCUUCAAUAGAAGAGAAACAGUGUUCGGAAUGGCUUGACACGAAGCAACCUAGGUCAGUCUUGUACGUUUGCCUAGGUAGCUUAUGUCGGCUUCUUCCAUCACAACUAAUACAACUUGGGUUGGCUUUAGAGUCGUCCCAAAGACCCUUCAUCUGGGUGGUUAAAACUGCUGGAGAGGAUUAUUCUGAGAUAGAAAAAUGGUUAAUUGAUGAAGGUUUCGAGGAAAGGAUUAAAGGAAGAGGGCUUUUGAUAAAAGGAUGGGCCCCGCAAGUUCUCAUACUGUCACAUCCGGCGAUCGGAGGAUUCUUGACCCAUUGUGGUUGGAAUUCGACGUUGGAAGGAGUGUGCUCGGGGAUACCAUUGAUGACGUGGCCUUUGUUCGCGGAGCAGUUCCUGAAUGAGAAGUUGAUAGUGGAAGUUCUCAAGAUCGGAGUUCGAGUAGGCGCUGAGGUUCCGGUGAGAUGGGGGGAUGAGGGGAAAGUUGGGGUAUUAGUGAAGAAAGAUAGAAUCAAAGAAGCUAUAGAGAUGUGUAUGGAGGGUGGUGAAGAAGGUGAAAUUAGGAGGAAUAGAGCCACCGAACUUGGCAAGAUGGCUAGAAUGGCUAUACAGGAACAAGGUUCGUCUCACUCUAACACUUCCCACUUAAUCCAAGAUAUCAUGGAACAGUCUAAACGUACUGCAGGCUAUAUAUGAUUAGAUAUCUGAAGUGAUUAGAUAGAUAAUAAUCCUCAGGUCUCACCCAAGAUAUACAUAUCGGUACCUAUUAUAUAUUGUUCUUCUCUCGUGUCUCUCUUAUUCACUGUAAGAGUUGUUGAGAUGGUUCGUCAAACGUUUCUUUAUAAUUUCAGCUUGGAUAAAUAAGCCCUAAUAAAUUAGAUAACCUAUUCUUUCAACAAUUGAAAAUUUCAAACCUUCUAGAUGUUGCAUAUAAUAAUCAGGUGGGUCUAUCAUGCAUUUCAUGAUGCCGGAGGGAUGAGUGGUGUACUACUAUUCAAAUGUAAUAUAUGAAUAAUAAUUUGAUUAGUUAUGGA